GAGUGCGUGACCGCCUAUGAGACCAGUUCCAUUUAGACUUAGUCUGUGAAAUGAAAGCAGAGCUGUAGGAACAUAGAGAUGUUUGAAACAGCGUAUUAAUAAUUAGACGCGUAGUCGAACCCGGACAUUGACGUUUGGCUGUUGAAGCCUCCUCUCCGCUAUGGACGAGCCCGCUGAGCUGCUGCUCAUCAAAGACCAGUACGAGCUCGCCUUCCACGCCCUGAGCCGCGGCCUGACCGCCGAGGAGGCCGGCAGGACCGCGGAGGCCCUGAAAUGCUACACCAACGGCCAGCAGCACCUCCUCCAGGGGCUGCAGGUCCCCACAUGGGGGCAGGAGCGAGCGGGUGGGGCCGUGGGGUGGGACAAGGCCAGGCGGCUGCAGCAGAGGAUGAGGCAGACGCUAGCGACCGUCAACUCCCACCUCUCUGACCUGCAGACGUGGGGGGCGACAGCCGGGGAGCGGAGGGGUCGCCUGUUGUCUGAGCUUCCGCACGACCUUUACCCAGAGCUGAAGCUCAGCGCUCAGCCUCCUCCCGGCUCUGUCCGCCCUCUGCACCCCUCCACCCCCGCCACCGCCCGGACCACGGCCCCCGUCAGGCCGCUCCGACCCGCGGCGCCGCACCGGCCGGCGCUCGGCCCGAUGGCUUCGCCGUGGGACCAGCCCCCGGCCUACACGCCGCAGCCGGCGGACGGGCGGCGCAGCCUGAGGUCGGGAGCGGCAGCGCGGCGCGAGGAGGACGAGCUGCUCUUCAUCCCCUCUGGAGUGCAGGUGUUCCUCGUGGCGCCGGACGGAGAGGUCCGCUCCGCGCUGUGUCCGGGCUUCCUUCGCAUCGUCACAUGUAGGCGGCAGAACAAGGACUCCAGCGCCCAGAGUCCCUCAGCGCUUCUCAAUGUUUGCGGCCGGGUGUUCCCGCUCGCAGCAGACACCCCGGUGCUGCUGGCUGACUCUGGGGUCUUCAUGCUCCCCGACGCCCUGGCGGAGACGCCCGGGUCCUUCGUGGGUUUGGUUUUGUCCUCUGAACUUCCUGCCGCCGACCGAGAGAUGUUCCAGGACGUCCUGUCGCAGCUCGUCGACCUCAGGGUCCAGGGUUCAGACGGAGCCGGGGCAGAAGUUCCCAACCUGAGUACGAAGGUUCCCCUCGGACCCUCGAAGAGAAAACCUGACGAGAUGCUGCCAAACGGAGAGACGGAAAAAGCACCGCUUCCUGGGUGGAGUGAGAAGAUGGGACGAGGCAUCCUGUCAGGAUCCAUGCGCUUGAGUCAGUCAUUUGCAAAAGGAGCAGAGGCCACUGGUAGGGCCAUCCAGAAAGGAGGAGGCAAGAUCCGGGACCGCGUCACCCCCGAGGAGACUCCCACCGUGGUCAGCCCCCGCGUCACCCAAGGUCUGGAGACCACGCAGCAGGUGACCGGUGGCGCCGUGCGCGUCAGCCGCUUCCUGGUAAAUGGCCUGAGCACGGUGAUAGGACAAGUGGCAGAGAAGAUGGCGCCCCAUGUGAAGAAACACGGGGCUAAGAUGGUCCCGGAGUCGAUGAAGAAAAACCAAGAUGGCCGCCCCUCUAACUUGGAUGGGGCCAAGUUUGUGGCCGUCAGCAGUGCAAAAGGUUUGUCUGCGAUUUGGUCCAGUCUGGAGACCGGAGCAAAGCUGGUCUGCAAAAGUAUGGCAACAGAGACGGUCACAACAGUGAAGCACAAGUACGGCGACGAAGCAGCUCAAGCCACAGACACCGGCCUCCGGUCAGCGGCGAACGUCGGCGUGGCCGCGUACAACAUUGACAAUUUGGGAACGAUAGCGAUCAUGAACGCUGUAGAGAAGAAAACAUCCAAAAACAGCAUCGAGGGCCCGAAGGAGGGGCCAAAAGAUGCUGACACGAAGGAGGAGCACAUGAAAAAAUAGCUUCAAAGGUCACGUCCUCAGUGCUUUUCUGGACCAGGCGUUUAUUUCUAAACCAUAAAAAUUAUAAACUUCUAUAAAAGUGAUGGAUAUACAACAAAUAAGCUAACAAUGAUGUGAAAACAAAGACUUUCUGAUGUAAUGUGGGCUUGGUAAUGUAAAUAUAAUGUCAUAUAUAAAUGAAUAUUUUUCUGUUUAAUAUACGAUGGCACUUUACAAUAUGAACUGUCACUUUUUUGCAGGCUGCAGCCUGAUCUGACCUCCUCUGUGAGGUCUGUUGGCACAAUAUAACACAUUGUUAUAUAAUUAAUAAAAAAAACGUAUGUUUUAUAUUCCUACACUAAAUAUUAGAAAUUAAUUUAAUAAAACGCUGACUUCUGCUUGUUCA